AGCCACCACAGUCGUGUCCCACUACAGAGAUGCACAACAGCAGACGUAACCACAGAAAAGCUUCGGUGUAUAUUCAAGUAACUUAAGUGCGGCGGAAGGUCUUUUGAAUCCCUCUGCGGUCCAGUCAUGGCUGACCUGGUGUCCGGAUUACUUGCUGGCCUAAUGGCAGCGCAGACUGCUCAGCAUGAAGGCAACAGAAGCAGCAUAACACGGAGCAACUCGACCGGUGCGACACCAAAAACCUUUAAGGGGAGGCUUCGAAUAGACAACUUCACCAGCAUGGACCCACAACUGAACUUGUACCCCGACGACGCUGUCACAGGAUACACAACAGGGGUGCUAAGCAACUGGGUGAUACCCUGCGCCUAUAUCGUCGCCAUGCUGGUGGGAAUCCCCUCCAACGCCUACAUCCUGGCCUUCCUGCGAGUCCGAAUGAGAGCCAAGUCCUUGUCCACGGUGAUCCUCUACCUAAACCUGGCCUUGUCUGACCUGCUGCUCCUGCUGUCGCUCGCGCUGCGUGUUCACUACCAUUUUAAUGGAAAUGACUGGAUAUUUGGGGAAACCUCCUGUCGGCUCAUCACAGCUCUGUUUUAUGGGAACGUGUACUGCUCGGCGCAGACUAUAGCGUGCAUCAGUCUGAAGCGGUACCUGGCUGUGGCCCGCCCAUUCUUGUACAGGCGGCUGGCUAAAACUGCGCUGGCCAUGUGGAUGUGCUUGAUUGUGUGGAUCCUGUUUGUCGCUGCCAUUGUUCCCGAGCUUCUGGUCCGGCAGAGUUACCACAUUAUUCAACUCGGGGUCACGACCUGCCAUGACGUGCUUCCAAUCGAGGUGGACUCCUACAGAGUGAUGGUGCAGUACAGGCUGGUACUGGUUUGCCUGGGCUUCAUGAUACCUUUCCUCAUAUGCAUUUAUGCCCAUUUAGCGGUGAUAUUCCACCUCGGGCAAUCCGGUUGCGACUGGAGACCAUUUAUCAGGGUCAGCUCCCUGGUUUUCAUCAUCUUUGUCAUCUGUUUUCUCCCCAGCAGUGUCCUGCACAUGGCUCACUACAUCCGUCUGUUUUCCAAUGGAGACGACCAUCUGUACGAAUACUACAGAGUAGCUGUGUGUCUGUGCUGCUUCCACAGUUGUUUGGACCCUUUCCUGUGUUUGCUCAUUUCAAAGACCGCUACAUCAGAGCUACAAUUCAUCCCCCUCCGCGGGAUACCUCAGAGACUGGCUAUUAUGAUGUGCAAUUGAACUUGAGAACAAAAACAGGAAGUACACUCACGAUUGUGACACAGCAGCUAUAAAUAUAUAUCUCCAGAAGAUGAACAGUACCAAAAAUGAAAUAUAUUUAUGAUUGGCACACAAGUUGCAUUAUCUUCAUUUAAGCCAGGAAACGCUUACCUCACAGAGCAGCUGCUUGUUGUACAGGAGCACAUCGUGAUAGUGUUUGGCAAUAGCAGGGUCCACUCCAGUCAGUCUGGCUGUAGGGAGGAGCAACGCCUCCAGUGUUUGCUGAUGAUCCCCAGAGUUCAGAGCCUCAUUGAUCUCAGCAAUAGCUAUGAUACCUGGAAUAGAGAGACACCAGGAAAACAAUUUACAACACUACAGUAAAUUCCAAAUGCUCUGCAUGAAAUAAAUGGCUCUUACGUUCAUGCUCCUCAUGGACCUGAAUGUUGACGGCGUCAAUGCACUUCUGCACGUCAUUCCAAGUGAGAAACUCUUGUCCACUAGCCAGAGCCUCAGCUCGCAGAGUGAUGAGGGUGUCGGCAUACCUGGCGAGCAGCGUUGAGAAAAUGACAGUGAACAGACAGAAAUGAUAAUGAAAAGUUGGACAAUCAGGUAAAUGCAACUCUGUUCUUGCAGCUUACUAAUGUGUUGAUGCACAUUUCAUUCUGGAACAUACAUAAAAUAAAGAAACGUGUUCGACUA